AUGAAGCCAAGAGUGAAGGAUGUGAUUGCUUCUCCUUUGACGGAUUUUGGAAUUAAAUCAUCGGUUGGAGUUAAGGGAAAGUCAAAAACUCAGGCGCGUGAUUCCACCCCAAAACUUGGGAAUCAGACGACUAAAUCAUGUUCCAGUCCGUGCCCGGCUAGACCAGCACUGAAGAACAAGAUCUUUUUCAAAGGGAAUGAUUCGACUCCUGCAUCUGGUCACUCUGUUGCCUGCAGCGAAGGUGAUACAUUUCGCUCUAAUAAUACUAAACUGGGAUGCCAAAAGGAGCCCUCUUUGGCUGCAGCGAGUCAUAGAAAACAAAAUAACCCCGUUACUCCGAAAAGAAAUAUCUGUAAUGCGACGAAAUAUGACUGUACUGUUGACAGUGGGAAUGGUGAUGGGGUUCUAAGAGGGGAAGUGAGUGAAGGUGCAAGAUCAAAGGAAAAAGGAGAAAGCUCACAGAGUUCAAAAAGUAGCAUGGGUGAUCACAGCAGUAGCACAAGUGUAAGUGAUGAAAGCAGCCAAAGCACCUCUAGUGGCCGUGGCUGUAGACCUCAUAUGUCAAAAGACUUCAGAUGGAUUGCCAUCCGGGAAACUGAGAUGCACCAAGGGAGCAUAGGAUUGGACAAUUUUAUCCUUCUCAAGAGGCUUGGUUGUGGAGAUAUUGGAACCGUGUAUCUUGCUGAACUAAUCGGCACCGAAUGCUUAUUUGCCUUGAAAGUUAUGGAUAAUGAUUUCUUGUUGAGCAGAAAGAAGAUGUCAAGAGCACAGACUGAAAGAGAGAUCCUGCAGAUUCUGGAUCAUCCAUUUCUUCCAACAUUGUACACCUACUUUACCACGGAUAAUCUUUCAUGCUUGGUCAUGGAAUAUUGCCCAGGUGGUGAUUUGCAUGUCCUUCGACAGAGGCAGCCUGGCCGGAGCUUUUCUGAGCCAGCAGCCAGGUACGUAGCUUUUACCUGUGUAAACUGGAUCUCUUGUUUAGCAUUUUGGAUUCCGAAAUAGAAGCAUUUGAUCUCAUGCACUGUCAGUGGCCUUCUCUCUCUCUCUCUCUCCCCCUCCCGUUGUCGUAUGGAGUUAGGAUCUCAAUCGCUCUCCUGUUCUUGCCCGCAGAUCCUAAUUUGUUUAGUGGGAAAUCUGAAAUUGGUAGUUUCUUUUUUUUUUACUCAAGGUGUUGAAGGUAUUCUUGUGAUUGUUUCAGUCGGUGUUUUCUCUUACGGUUCAUCUAGAGGGGAGCUGUCGGUAGAGAUCUUAAAUGGAAACCGGAUUUUCUUCCGGCGCAAAUCAGUGAAUCUGUUUUCCCUCCGGUCAAAACCAAGUCGGGAUUUUCUAUCUUUCACUGUGUGAGCAUGCAAUUAGUCUCCGUGUCAAAUGUGCAUUAAAGUCAGGCUUCGUGUAGGCUAGACUGCAUGGUAGGAAUUACAAGGAUAGGGAGAGCCCGGAACGGGUGGUAAAUCACGUAACAUAGAGGGUGCACUUUUUCAUUUGACUUUGUGAUGCUCCGGCUCAGGCUUGUGCAGUAAGUUAUCUCGGGGAGGACCUUGGGGGGAACAUGCCAUUCAGCAUGCAGGCGUAGUUUAGUAGUAGAUACUUUACUGGAACAAUACGUUCAUGGGUUAUGAUGCAUGCCGUUGCCGUGGCCGGUGCAGGUUUUAUGUGGCAGAAGUCCUCCUCGCCCUGGAGUACCUCCACAUGCUCGGAGUGGUGUACCGCGAUCUGAAGCCGGAGAACAUUCUGGUGCGAGAAGACGGCCACAUCAUGCUCUCGGACUUUGACCUGUCCCUUCGGUGCUCGGUGAGCCCGACCCUCCUCCGGUCGUCGUCGUCGCUGGGCGUAGGAGAUUCGGGAAGGAGGGCAUCGGGCACUUGUGCUGAAUCCUCGAGCUGCGUCGACCCCCGCUGUCUCCACCCUUCGUGGGUCCAGGUCUCCUGCUUCGGGCCCUCCGCCGCCGCCUCCACGCCGGGGGGCAAGAAGAAGGUGGAGCUCGCCGGCGGGCCGGCGGCGCUGCCGCAGCUGGUGGCGGAGCCGACCGAGGCGCGGUCGAACUCGUUCGUGGGGACGCACGAGUACCUGGCGCCGGAGAUCAUCAAGGGCGACGGCCACGGAAGCUCGGUGGACUGGUGGACGUUGGGGAUCUUCCUGUACGAGCUGCUGUUCGGGAGGACCCCCUUCAAAGGGGCGGGGAACGAGGAGACCCUCGCCAACGUGGUGACCCAGAGCCUCACGUUCCCCGCGAGCCCGGGCGUGAGCCUCCAGGCUCGGGCCCUGAUCCGGGGGCUCCUCGUCAAGGAGCCGGAGGACAGGCUGGGCUCGCUCAGGGGCGCCGCCGAGAUCAAGCAGCAUCCUUUCUUCCAGGGUCUCAACUGGGCUCUGAUCAGAUGCGCCGCCCCCCCUGAAACCCGGCCACCGCCAGCCCCAGUACCCCCGGCCCCAGCAGCAGUCAGCAGCCGCGGGAAGAAGGAAGGCGGGUGCCUGGAGUUCAGAACCCACGGAGAGAGGGUGGAGUUUGAACUCUUCUAG